AUGUUGCGCGGGCCGGGCCAAAAAGCCGCGGACCCGUUUCAAUUCGUCUCGACGAAAGCGGCCGACGAGAUGGCGGAGCACGCGAAGAGCACCCUCCAUUUGGCGCAACAGCAAAAAAUGCAGCGCGACAAAUUCCUACAAAAGCAGCAAACGACGAAAUUCGACGACAGCGAGCCGUGGCAAGCCGAUUUGGACACGUGGCGGCGAAAACGCAAAGAGAAAAUCAUCGAGACGAAAAAUGACGAAUUGAACGCGUACACACCACGAAAACGGCUCUUCGACGUCCCACCGCCAAGUGUCACCGAUCGCUACGUGCACGUCGAGAUGAAAUACACGAAAAAUGGGCCGACCGAUAUUGAAAUGCACAGAAACGCGCCACGACCGAGUUUCGUCGAUCUAUUCGACGAAGAGGAGCGAAAAUCGCGGAAAAGCGUGACAUGGAGUGCCAAGGACGAGAUCCUUCAUAUCAAUUCGAAUUCGUCGCGCGAGCCAGUCAACUCGCCUCGUCAGCAUUCCGAGUCGACGUCGUCACCGAGGUCCAGCGACGAUUUGAACAACGAUAGCGGAAUUGACAAUCGAACCGUCGGAUCGCCGUCGACGUCGGAAUUCUCGCCGCGAAGCGCCGAUUUGUUUGUGUCGCCGAAGAGUGUCGACGACGAGGAGCCGCCGCACCAUCCGCCUCCACCGCCGCCUGUUGAAGACGAGAAGCUUGAUCAGGUGCUGGUGCCGAUCAAUUACAAGAAGCCUGACUACUCGACGUCAUAUACACCGAUAUACAAGAAUCGAGAGCCGAAAGAUUACUAUGAUCGAAGGAGUCUUCUGAGAAGCGACGACGGCGAGCCACAAUCGUACAUCGAGACGAGCAAGUACAUUGAGAAGAGCUCGUAUACGCCGAUGGCUUCAGCGAGAGUCGAAGCGACGUUCAGACAGCCGACGCGCGAAGGCGUCAAACCGUUUGUGUCGAAAACGGCGAUAGAGACGAAUAAAGAGAAAAAUGAAAAUAUUGACGUCACCGUUGAGCUGAAUCGCGAGCAGAAGGCGACGAUCACCGCGACGAAAUACCCGCGAUCGAAUGAGUUCGUUGCUGAGCCGAAUGUCGAGCCGACGUUGAGACAUCAAAACGCGCCGUCGCGAAUUUAUCACGCCGUCGACAUUCCGUUCGACGAGACCUAUUUUCCGCCGUUGAGGCAAACGCAUACGAGCGACGGCAUGUUCACGAUGAACAUCGAGAUGGGAUCGCAGCCGGUCCACAAGGGUUUGGGAUUCGCAGCGACGCGCAAAGACGACGGGCGGCUCGUUGUCGACUCGGUGAUUGUUGGCUCGCCGGCCGACAAGGCGGGCCUGCUCGUCGGCGACACGAUCGUCUCGAUCAACGGCGAGGACAUGGUCGAUAAGUAUCAGUCGGCGAUCUCGCGAAUCCUUCACGACGCCGCCCGCGUCGGCGAGGCCGACGUUUUGAUUUUGAGAGCGCCCAUAACACGAAAACCUCCCACUCACACCAACACCACCACCACCACCCUUCACCAGAAACCGCCACCAACACCCGCGUCUGGUACGAAUUUCGAUAAGGCUCGUUCAGUGUUCAUCGAGAACAAAUCGUUCGACUCGUACGCCGAAUUCAAGCGCAAGCAUUCGCGAGCAUCGCGCGAUUCGACUGUGUCGUCGACGCGCUCAUCGAGGGAUUACAAUAGUCUGCCACGUGGCACCGCGCCGAUCGUCGAACGAAAACGCGACGCGUCGUUGUCGAGCUAUCGAACCGCGCGUGAGAGUUUCGCGACGCCGAGAAGCAGCUUCAGAAGCACCGACGACUACAAAGUGACGACGUACCACGAGAAGAGCAAUCCUGGAAAAUUGGCGGACUUCGUGCCGGAAAUCGAUCGUCGUCACCGGAAUCUCGAUGAGAAGAACGUAGACGCGCCGCCGCGCACAAUUCGCAACUAUCACGUGUCGACGGAAAAUGUGGCGAAAACCAAUAUGAACUACGAGGGGCGACGAGACGGCGAACAGGAAAGUGCCAGUGCAAUUUUGAAGCGAUCCACACUGCCGAGAAGUGGUGCCAAUUGGAGAAAUGACUACUCGGACGAUGAAGUGCCACCGACGCCCAUAGAAAAGGCUCACACACCUCUACGAAGUGCGCUGAAAAAAACGAAUCAUCAGGAAACGCGUAGAUAUCAUUCGACGGAAUCGCUUAUCCGUCGCCAAUACCAAUAUUCGUCGUCUGACGACGAAGAAAACGUUGAGUCGUUCUACGCUUCAAUGCGACGCCAACAACGCGGCGACGACGUCAACAUGGUCGGCAUGUACGACGAUACGGCUCGAUCAAGAAGUGUGUCGAACACGCGACGCAUGCGCGACGCUCGCGCCGACAUUAGUCCAGUUACCCAUCGAUUCUAUGAUCGAGACGGGAAUCACGUUCGAGCUCCACGCGAGCGAUCAACGGACAUCGCGAUUCAGCGGGAGUACGGUCGAUCGCAACAAGACCUCAACCGCGAGAUUUAUCGAUAUUCGGAGUUGAAAGAGCUCGAGGAGCGAAUGCGUCAAGAGCGUCGAGCGUUCAUUGAGCAGGAAUCGCGCGAUUGGCGUGAAAUGAUCAAUCAGCAACGGCAGCCGGCGCCUGGCUAUCAGCACGAUCGGCGUGGAAUCGCAGCGACGUCGGCAUCGCUCAGUAAUCUACCAACGUACAUCAAUCGACGAAUGGAGAAGGAGCGGCAAAAUGGUGUGACUGAGAAAUAUGAGCGCGAUGAGUAUAAUCGGGUGGAAGAGCGGACUUUUCCGGUGCCGAGUGAAAGGAGCACAAAGAAGACCAGCGAAAGGAUUGAGACGCAGACGAAAGAGGAGACGGUGGUCGCGGUGAGCGGCAAACACAAAUGUGCGCAUUGUAACGAGGAGCUUGGCCGCGGCGCUGCCAUGAUUGUUGAAUCCCUUAAUUUGUAUUAUCAUCUUGCCUGCUUCAAAUGCUAUGUCUGCAAAACUUCCCUAGGAUCCGGAGCGACUGGAGCCGACGUUCGAGUUCGCGAUGGCCGCCUUCACUGCCAAACAUGUUACAGUAACGAUCGUAUUAUUCUAUGCAUGGAUGUGCCGACGCUGUUCCGCAGCCCGAAUGGCACGAUGUCGAAGAAAUUCCGGAUUAAAACGAUUCGCGACGAGCUUGAGCCGACCGCCAAUGAUACGGAACACAUGAAGGAGCCGUCGAACGAUUCAUCGAACACGAAUUCGAACACGGACACCAACACAACAAGUCGAAGUGAUGCCGCAAAAAUUCCCGUACUCGCUGUUGGCACAUACCAUCGCAAAGAGCCGGCGCCGAUUCUAGCCGCAGCUGCACUCCAGGUUCCGACGACAUCGAAAACGCAAAAAGGUGUUCGGUUGGACGAGAAUCUUAAAGGCGUUGCCGACCGUCAAUAG